UGUGCGUGCCUGUGUUUGCCUUCUCCGACUUGCUUUGAUUCCAGCGAUCAGCUGCAGAGAGAGAGAAAAAGAGAAAGAAAGAAAGAAAAAAACCCCACAUAUAACAGUCCGUCUGGCGAUUUUAUCACUUUUUUUAAAAAAAAUUUUGAAUAAAGAAGGAAGAUUUGCGCUGUUGUUUCUGAUUCAUGUUUGGGAUUCAGGAAAGCAUCCAGCGGAGUGGGAGCAGCAUGAAGGAAGAGCCCCUCGGCGCGGGGAUGAACGCGGUGCGGACGUGGAUGCAGGGAGCCGGCGUCCUGGACGCCAGCACGGCCGCUCAGAGCGGAGUGGGUCUGGCCCGGGCUCACUUCGAGAAGCAGCCGCCCUCCAACCUGAGGAAGUCCAACUUUUUCCACUUCGUCCUGGCUCUGUACGACCGGCAGGGGCAGCCCGUGGAGAUCGAGCGCACCGCCUUCGUGGGCUUCGUGGAGAAGGAGAAGCCAACAGCGAAAAGACCAACAACGGGAUCCACUACCGCCUGCAGCUGCUCUACAGCAAUGGGAUCAGGACGGAGCAGGAUUUCUACGUCCGACUCAUCGACUCCAUGACCAAGCAGGCAAUAGUAUAUGAAGGCCAAGACAAGAACCCAGAAAUGUGCCGAGUUCUGCUCACGCAUGAAAUAAUGUGCAGCCGCUGUUGUGACAAGAAAAGCUGUGGCAACAGAAAUGAGACUCCAUCAGAUCCAGUGAUAAUUGACAGGUUCUUCUUGAAAUUUUUCCUCAAAUGUAACCAAAAUUGCCUAAAAAAUGCAGGAAACCCUCGAGACAUGCGUCGAUUCCAGGUCGUGGUGUCUACGACAGUCAAUGUUGAUGGCCACGUGUUGGCAGUGUCAGACAAUAUGUUUGUGCACAAUAAUUCCAAGCACGGGCGGAGAGCUCGAAGACUCGAUCCCUCGGAAGGUACGCCUUCUUAUCUGGAACAUGCAGCUACACCAUGUAUCAAAGCCAUCAGUCCAAGUGAAGGAUGGACUACAGGAGGUGCCACUGUCAUCAUCAUAGGAGACAAUUUCUUUGAUGGGUUACAGGUCAUAUUCGGCACCAUGCUGGUUUGGAGUGAGCUGAUUACUCCACAUGCCAUCCGUGUACAGACGCCUCCCCGACACAUCCCAGGGGUUGUAGAAGUCACAUUGUCCUACAAGUCCAAACAGUUUUGCAAGGGAACGCCUGGACGAUUCAUUUACACAGCUCUGAACGAACCCACCAUUGACUAUGGUUUCCAAAGGUUACAGAAGGUUAUCCCCCGGCACCCCGGUGACCCCGAACGCUUGCCAAAGGAAGUAAUACUUAAGAGGGCUGCUGAUUUAGUAGAAGCACUCUAUGGUAUGCCACAUAAUAACCAGGAAAUAAUCCUGAAAAGAGCUGCAGACAUCGCUGAAGCGCUCUACAGCGUCCCCCGCAACCACAACCAGCUCCCCGCCCUCGCCAACACCUCUGUCCACGCGGGAAUGAUGGGAGUGAAUUCCUUCAGUGGCCAGCUCGCUGUCAAUGUCUCCGAAGCCUCCCAAGCCACCAACCAGGGUUUCACUCGCAACUCCAGCAGUGUGUCACCUCACGGCUACGUGCCAAGCACCACCCCGCAGCAGACAAACUACAACUCUGUCACAACAAGCAUGAACGGCUAUGGGAAUGCUGGAAUGUCAAAUUUAGGCGGUUCUCCAACCUUCCUGAAUGGAUCUGCUGCCAAUUCUCCCUAUGCCAUUGUGCCAUCGAGUCCGACGAUGGCCUCCUCCACUAGCCUCCCGUCCAACUGUAGCAGCUCCUCUGGGAUUUUCUCCUUCUCACCAGCCAACAUGGUCUCAGCGGUGAAACAGAAGAGCGCCUUCGCGCCCGUCGUGAGACCCCAAACCUCCCCCCCUCCCACCUGCACCAGCACCAACGGCAAUAGCCUGCAAGCUAUAUCUGGCAUGAUUGUUCCCCCCAUGUGAAAGAAUUGCCUUGAAGAAUUUUAUUAAUGAAGAGGUUGAAUUCUGCUUCAGAGAGAAUCUGAUACAAGUCCCAGAGUGGAACUUUUUACUCAGGCCUUUUUAAAAAUAAAAAAGAAAUAAAGAAGGAUCUUACAAUAACUGCAGAUUUUUAAACAAAACACAAAAAUCACCAUCCUUGCAAAUACUGAAAUUAACAAUCCACAAUUGCAAGGUGUUGAUUCGAGUUGUCCAUCCCAAAUACCUGGGAGAUAUAUUUAUUGUAUGUUGAUAAAAAAAAAAAAUCCACUUUUUUUUUUUUUUUUUUCCUGGGGGUGGGGGCUUGCUUUUAUUUCCUUCUGCUUUUUUUGUGGGUUGCCUUUUUUUUUUUUUUUUUUUUUUUUAAGGCUUGAUUUAAUUCAACACCAUUUGUCUUUUAUAAAUCAUCCAAUUACACAAGGGACACUAGAGAUAGAACUCCACAUUUUUAAUUUAUGAUUUUUUUUUUUUUUUUUUUUUAAAGCUGUGUAAAGAAGAAUAAAGUGGUGUCAUUUACAUACAAGUCUGUAUGGGACAGAAUAGAAGUGCCAGUUAGUUUUUAGUAGAAGAAUUAUGGCCAUUUAAUCAAGGGUCGGCUCAUAUAUGUUGCUUAUCCAGUGGUGACUUGCUGAUAUGAUGCAUUUUUAAUGUUCUGAUUAAAUAGAUAUCACUCCCUAGA